AUGUCCUCAGACCCACUCAUUUGCACUCACAUCUCCAAAGAGUGCCCUAUCGAGCUCACAACUUAUGGCUAUCGUCCUAAUCUCGGCGGCAACAUUUUCUUAGCUGUGCUUUUCGGCAUCGCAUUCGUUGCUAAUAUCGUCCUCGGCAUUCGUUUCCGCAUCCGCGCCUAUGCGAUUGUUCUCAGUCUGGGCUGCUUAGCCCAAGUCUUGGGCUAUGUCGGACGCGUGGGGAUGUACUUUCAACCAUUCAACGCGAUACCCUUCCAAGCGCAGAUCUGCUGCCUGAUUAUUGGCCCUGCAUUCAACAGCGCGGCUGUAUAUCUCAUGCUAAAACAUAUCGUUGCGCUCUUUGGAGCCAAGUGGUCUGUGCUGAAACCAAAAUGGUAUACUAUCAUCUUCAUCACUGCGGAUGUUGUAUCGUUGGUUUUGCAAGCUGUUGGCGGUGGUAUCACAGCGACUUCUGACUUCAGCACGGACAAAGAUAGGAUCGAAAUGGGCAAUAAUAUCAUGAUGGCGGGUAUAGCUUUUCAAGUCGUGACGCUAUCAAUCUUUGCGAUACUUGCAACUUUAUUCUGCGUCAGAAGAAUGAGAGCUCUUACUACGAAUCCUCUUGAGGGCAAUUCCCUCCAGGCUUGGCGAACUCUUCGCUUUAGAUUGUUCUUGGGUGGACUUACGACGGCGUUUAUGGCGAUUUAUAUCCGCUGCGUGUAUCGCAUUGCGGAGAUGCGAGGCGGUUGGGGCAAUAAGCUCAUGAGAGAGCAAAUCCCUUUCAUUAUCUUUGAGUCAGUCAUGAUUCUCAUUGCGACUUUGUCGCAGACCAUUCUACAUCCUGGAUAUUUCUUCCCGUGGUUUGUCGAUCAGACCCCCAAGCUUGAUGCUGAAAGCUCAUAUACGGAACUGUCUGUUGUAUCUGGAUCACGAGUAGGAUUUGAGGGGUCGAAAUAGUUGGCUGGAGAAGCACGAGUGAUGGAUAUUUAAGGAAUUAGAGGGGUUCAUUCAGUUGCAUAUAUAACGAGUUGCAAAAGCGCGAGUG